AAAAAAUUCACCAAAUUCAAACCAGACUUAAAUUAUUCUGGAGCAAAGUGUAUGAUUAGUAUAAGAUAAUUAAUUGAAGAUGGUGAAAUGCCAUUGUUGUCACAAGCUGAAUGUGAAAAGAGGCCUUUGGACUGCAGAAGAAGAUGCAAAGAUGCUUGCUUAUGUAUCCAAACAUGGAACUGGGAAUUGGACUGUUGUUCCUAAAAAAGCAGGACUCCGAAGAUGUGGGAAGAGUUGUAGACUCAGGUGGACAAAUUACCUAAGGCCGGAUCUCAAGCAUGACAACUUCACACCUGAAGAAGAGGAAUUGAUCAUCCUCCUUCAUGCAACCAUUGGUAGCAGGUGGUCUAUUAUAGCCCAACAGCUACCAGGGAGAACAGAUAAUGAUGUCAAGAACUACUGGAACACCAAGCUUAAGAAAAAGCUAUCUGACAUGGGAAUAGAUCCUGUUACCCACAAACCAUUUUCCCAAGUCCUUGCUGAUUACGGAAGCAUCAAUGGAGGAUUUUCCAAACUCAGUACCCGAAUUGGAUCACUCAACAGAGACCUGAAGAAUGCAUUCACCAUGUCAAAAUCUGAAUCAUUUCCAUUAACCACAUCUGAAGGGUUUGGUACAAACAUGAACGAUAAUGUCAAGGUUGACAAUCAUGGAACUUAUACUGGUUAUAAUAACUCAAUGGAUCUUCUUUCCCAAUUGCAAGUCAUAAAACUGGUGACAGAAGCAUCAAAUGGCAGAUUCUUCAAUGAAAGUUCAUCUUCUUCUUCACCUUCGAGUUCCACUCAAUCCACUGCAGCUUUCAAUGAAAGUUCUUCUCUAGCAUUCAGCUGGCAAGAUUUUCUUCUUGAAGAUGAAUUGUUGCCAUCCCAAGAUGAAAACAAUAACUCCACGGAAUUCUCAUGCAAGGAGUUCUCUGAUCAAACCCAGAUUUACAAUGGAAAUGGAGAAACCAGCAAAGCUGUUUAUGAUGGUUCCUUGGUGGAUUCCAUGACUGAUCAACAAAAUGAGAUGUUCUCUGAGUUUGCUUACCUUCUGGAGGAGCCAUUACACAACUAAGCAGUUUCUUUUCUUUACAUGAAAUCCUUUGCAUGAAAGAAUAAUAAACUUUAUAAAAUUUC